GGUUUAGUUAGCUAAACGUCUUCUGUAGGUUUUUCCUUCUGUCUGCUCAUGGUGGAACAGUUCUGUACUGUCAUUAUUUUUUAGUGCCGUUCUUUAAAUUAAACUUAAUAAUAAUGUUAUGAUAUUUCCCUUGUGAUUUUAAUAAGCAGUGUAGUGACUUAUCAUUUCAAAAUUCUUUUUCUACUGAAAGGAACUUCGGAUAAUCCCAUGAAACCUAAAGCUAUGCCCAAUCACACCACUCCACUGGAUGAUGUAGCUCCUCGUCAAGGUCAGACGCAGCUGUGUAUGAAGGUCUUUGUCCAACGUGACUACAGCGAUGGCACAACAGUUCGCUUUCAAACCCACUUCCCAUCAGAACUUGAGGGCAAGCUGGACAGAGCUUCAUUCGAGAACACAGUGUCACAGCUGAACACAUACUUCGCAGAGGCAGAGAAGGGCUCCUGUAGCACUUACUGUGAGGGGUGUCUGGCCUGCCUCACUGCCUACCUAGUCUAUAUCUGCUCUGAAACACAUUACGAGAAGUGUUUACGGAAAGUGGCCAAAUUUGUGAUGGAGCAGAACGAGAGAGUGUACAUGCCAAGAGGUCUGCUACUCACUAGUCCAGUGGACAGAGGGCUAAGAGUUAUAGAGAUAUCAAUACUGGACCAACCAAUGGUGGCUCGGACAUGACUUAGCUUAUCCGAGAGUACAGAGGAGUUCUUCAUGUGACCUGUCUCCCAGAACUGAGUUUGGCAAACGUAACAUCGUGCUGCGUGCUGUUUCGCGCCCCGAGUCUUCCCCGCAACAUCGUGUCUGCCUUAGUUGCUUGCCUCUCUACCGUCGCAUCAAAUCACUUUGGUUUUGAGAUGAGAUAACGUUCUCAAUUACUCAUUCAAACCCUCUUGAUUAUACUACUAUAUAAACGCUAAGUCACUCUAAGGGUAUAAACUGUCUACUUAAAAGUUAUUGUAACUUCUUUUGAUCAGUUUUUUACGAUUAGUGUAUAGUAACACUAUUUUCUUUAUAAUAUUGAAUUCAUUAUUUUUUGUUUAAUAUUACAUUAUUGCUGUUAAUUCUCUAAAAAUACUUUUAAACAUGUAGACACAUUUUGUGUUUUUAAGUUUUCCAUAUUUUGUAAUUAUGUUGUUGAGGAUAAACAUUCAGUUCUACUAACUCACAUAAACUUUUGUAACAAUAAUGGUUUUUAAAUAUUUAGUUUUAAAAUAAUAAAGGUAGUGUUACAUUUAAAUUACUUUGAGAACUUACUGUGUACACAGAAUAUUCUGAAAAUAUAAGCAAUAAUUUUGAAUCUUUCAAAUUUUGUAUUUUUUAUAUAAAAAUGUUACUAAAACACUAAUCACAAGAUGACUUUUUAUAAACUACUGCUCAUACUAAAACUACAGUACAGCAUGCUUGAUAUCUCGUGUGGUUGUUACUGAAAUUGAGUUAUUUUAUCGAUUCAAGAAUUACUUUACUGAGACCAUCUCAAAACCACUGUUGUCCUUGUCACAUACUAACAUUUACUCUGUAGUCUCGCUUGUUAGUUAUCUGUUUAUCCUUGUUCUUGUUACUUCUUGGUUCGUCAAUAUUAAGUUUAUUGUUGACAUGAUUUAUUGUUAAUUUGUCCGAAUUCCUCCUGUGGUGGUACGGAGGUCUAGGACCUUAAGUAAUACCUUAAACAAUUUGUAUAUAAUUGAUGUAAUUAUUUUAAAGACUGUGUUGACAAUGUGCUGGUUUCACAGUGGAAGCUGACGUGUUUUAUGUAACAAUUUUAAAUAUGUUUAAUUCAUAGUUAAUACAAAACCGUAAUGUAUUCAAUUAAUGACUGUGAACAUAAACUGUGUUGGAACUCUAAUAAAUUUUACUAACUAUAUUUUAUUCUUUAAUAUGUUGAAUCAUUAGAAUAAACAGUAGAAUUAUCAAUAUUUGUAAAUAAACAAAUAUUGAUAAUAAGUGUAAGGACAAUGUGUUGUUUUUAGAAAUGUUACUAUUUUUAUGUUUAUUUGAAAUAUUUCUAAACCACUAUGUCUUUGUGGUAGAUCUCUAAUAUCAACUAGCAGAAUAUAAAAUUUGGAAUAAAAAAAAUAAUAUAAAAUAUUUUAUAGUUACUCUAUGAAUCAGUUUCCACUUGUCCACUAGCACAUAUAUUCUGUGUAUGUAAUUUGAAUUUAUGGUAAGUAUGCAGUUGAUAAUGGUUUUAUUUAUAUAUUGAGUAUCAUAAUAUGGUGUUCACAAUAUAAUUUCAAUGAUAUUGACAAAAUAAAAUCUACAAAUAAAAAAUCUUCUCAAAUUAAUUCAUUUCAGGUCAACAUGUUUUCUAUUUUUGUCAAUAACUAUACAUGUGUAACAAAGUUACAGCAUCAAUUCUUUAAUGUAAUAAUUUUUUUAAUUCAUUUUAGAAGAAAGGUAUUUUUUCAUGGUUCUAAAUUGUCCACUGAACAAAAAUGUUAUAUAGAUUUCAGGCUAAAAUUGCAAAUUUGAUCCUGGCACGAAUAGGAACAUACAAUCAUAUAUUCCCAUUCAAAAACUCUUAAAGUGUACCCUCAAGCAAACAUUUGGAAUUACAGUCAAAAUGAUAUUAUUGUGUCUAAAUUGUAAAUAUUGUAAUUAAAAUAUAAGAGCUGUAAAGUAGGAAUAAUUACAACAAACUCGUGAUACAAAACAAUAAGCGAUGUGUUAAUUUUGCUCUACAUGUCAAUUAAAGAUUUUAAAAAGUACAGAAAAGGAUUGAUUAAGAAUUGUAUUAAGAAACACAUAUUAGAAAUAAAUAAACAAUUCCUCAAGAAUACAAAAAAAACCAAAACACUUACCCCAGUCCAAUUUUAAAGGGAGAGUUUUUCAAAAGGUCUUGGGAUUAGAUAGCAGCUUUAAAAAUCAUCCAAAGUUUUCUGUUGGAUUGCAAAGGAAUAUUCUUCCCUGUCCGAAAUUGGGUAUUAUCCAAAUAACUUAAAUGGAAAUGCCUAUUAAGUGAAGAUCAACAAGACAACCGAGCACUCCAAAACACAACCUCGGACCACUCUGUUCUAAAUGAUAACUGUUUAUAUGAUUGAGAGAGUGGUGUUAUUCUGUUUCUAACAUUUGAGUUGUGUCCUCUCCACAAUUUCUAAGAAAGAAUGGAUUUUGUAAAAAACUGAAAGUGUUUCUUCCUGCAAAAUAAGACAGGGAAGAAGGCUUUUGGAAUCUUCUUUUCUACAAAUACUGCUAAUAUUUAAGGAAAUAAUAUAAUAAACAAUUUCAGUUCAAUAGAAUUGCAGGGUACAGGAAAGUCAAUAUUUCAUUAUGUCGCGCUAUAACAAGAUGUAAAUUUGCUUAUUUUUACGAUUCUCUCAUGAAAACUUACAAUAAACAAAAAAUUAACUUUCAACUACAAUAUCGCAUUUAAUAAUUCUAUAUUUACGUAAUUAUUUGUAUAUUCCAUACCACAAUAAUAAUGGUUGAUUCGUAAUGUAAUUAAAUAAAUUAAAGAAUUUGAAUUGUGUGAAAUCAGAACUUGUUCUAUUGUCAGCAGAAUCCUAUCUAGGCUAUUUAUAUUUUUAACAUUCCUAGUUUACAUUAUGUGCAUUGUUAUCUUGUUUAAGCAUUUAUAUAGUACUAUAAUCUCCUAAGUUUAAUUAUAGAGAAACAACCCAUCCUAGCAGUUCUUUUGUAUAUGGGUGAAUUAAUUAAACUCAUCAAACAGUUAAACGGAAUGUUAAACCUAAAUCAAUAAGAAGUGGAAAGUCAGAAAUAGUAAAACAAGUUUAACUCUUUGAUUAAUAAAUACAAAUUAAGGCUAAAAAGAUGCAUCAGUAAAACCUUUUUUAUCAUGUCUGUAUUAUGCUACAGUAAUUUGAAAACGUUAAUUAGAAGUAAAAUAUUUCCACUGGAACACUGUUUAGUUUUCUGUCCAAAUUUUAAAAUGAACAGUUAUUGAUACAUGUGUUGUUAUUUGUAAUUUUUUGUAAUGCGUGGUUUAAAUUUGUAUAAUUUGUAUGUUUACGUUGUACAUAACUUAAUGUGAUGAUGAUUUAUGUGCCAACUUCAUAGUUUUUGGUAUAUUAUAAUAUAUAAAUGUUUUACUAGAAGAUGUCUCUCAGUUUUCAGGCUUAAGUAGAUGUUGGAGUUUAAGUCUUUGUUUUGGCUACUCAGGAAAUUGAUGUCUGAUUAUCCAACUUACUUUUUAAUACUGGUAUAUGAAUUUGUGCUGGAUUUUAAUUAUUUCAAGAUUUAAAUACUAUUGAUUUCUUGAAAACUAGUUUUGUAUUGUAUUUUAAGUCCAUUUAUGUAUUUGAUUGGUUAAAAGUGGAAAUAUUAAUGUCAGUUGUGUUAAAAGGUUUGUACGAAUAAUAGAAAUCAUAAUUAUUAAAUUGGAUUGUAAAUUAAAAGUAAAAUAUGAAAUAUAUAAGUAAUAUAGAAAAGUCUUUCAACAAAAACUAAAUGCUAUUCUUGGAUCUAAGUUUGUGCUUCUUUUACUUAAUUGACUUUUUGUGUUCUAAAAAUCUUGCACAUAAUUUCAAGAUUUUCUGAUCUUAACAGUUAUUUUGUGUAUGUAUCAAUGAUCCUGUGUGUGUACUGUCAUGUUAGUUAAGAUGUAAACUAGUUUGGAUUACUUAACGUUUAUACCUCAUUGUACUUGUGUCCCAUAAGUCUCUUGAUGUUGUUCGGUCGGUCGACAGUUUGCCAAAUAAUGUAUGUUUGUUCCCUUAUCGAUACUUAUUAAUUAUAUUUAUUUUAAACAUAAUUUUGUUUUACCGUACAUUCUGUAAAUAAUAUAAUAUAUAUUUUAUAGAAAAAAUGAAAAUUUUAUAAAAGAAAUUCAAACUUA